AUGGUGUCAGGUGAUGAAAAAGAAAUAGAAAAAGAAAUUAAACAUAAUAAAAUGAGUGGAAAUAGUCAAAUUUUUGCUACAACGCUACCGCCGUUAAAUAUAAGGUCAACUAAUCUGGCUCAAGAAUGGAAAAGUUGGAGCAAGCAGUUCCAUAUUUUUAUGCUUGCAACGAAUUUAGAAGAACAACAAGAACGUCGCAAAGUUGCACUUUUACUGCACCACUUGGGGGCAGAUUGUAUUGACAUUUUUAAUUCAUUUAACAUGGAUAUAGAAGAAGUAAAAUUAGAAAAUGUGUUAAAAAAUUUCAGUGAAUACUUUAUUCCAAAAGCUAACGUGGCUAUGGAACGGUACAAAUUCUUUACGCUCCAACAGAACUCAGAAGAAACUAUAAGCGAAUACGCAACAGCGCUACAAAACUUGAGCACUACAUGUGAGUUUAAAGAUCUGCGUGAAGAUUUGGUUAGAGAUGUAUUUAUUUGUGGCUUAUCCCUCAACUUUAAACAUAUCAAAGAACGUCUUUUGAGUGAAGGUGAUAUUAAAUGGGGUAAAGCGUUGGAAAUAGCAAAAAAUAUUGAAAUUGCACGACAAAAUGCAACAACAAUACUGAAAACAGUAAAUGAAAACGUGGUUGCUGGGCUAAAAAAACAAACGGAUUGCAAGACCAGAAAUUGUGCUUUAGCAGCAGCAACAACAACAGUACCGUAA